UGUCCCACAGGAGCGCUAUGAGCUGAUCUGAGCUCCCUCCUCUUACUCUACUGAGAGUGUGUAUGUGUGUGUGUUACUCCUACAUUACACACACUUCAUUUAUCACUACCCUGAAAAGACUUGUACUCUGUGGAAUAUCAUGUCAGACACGGAGACGAAACCAUCUGGUGACGGAGCAGAAAAGAAGGACGGAGAGUACAUUAAACUUAAAGUGAUCGGCCAGGACAACAGUGAAAUUCACUUCAAGGUGAAAAUGACAACGCAUCUAAAGAAGCUGAAGGAGUCGUACAGUCAAAGACAGGGUGUUCCCAUGAACUCUCUACGGUUUCUCUUUGAAGGCCAGAGAAUCGCAGAUAACCAGACUCCCAAAGCGUUGGGGAUGGAGGACGAAGACGUGAUCGAGGUGUAUCAGGAACAGACUGGCGGCUACUGGAACGACUAGACCUUUCCUUCAUCUCUUUUCUUUUUAAAUCUUAAUUUUUUGUAUGUAUGAUGUUGAUUUCUUGCUGUUUCCUUUUGUCUUUCUCCCGGAGGGAAAUGGGGGAAAAAAAAUCAAAAAAAGAAAAAAAAAAGGGAAAAAAAAAAGAAAACCAUCUGGAUCAAAGUGAUACUUUGGAUAAUCUGCUGCUGUGAGUGAGAGACAGGGUUAGAAGGGUAGGAACGAGGAUCGAUAAAAGAAUAAGGAAAAACCUAACCUUUUUUUCAACCCUCCCUCUCGAUCUCUUUCAGUCAGUCUAUCCCCAUCACUGUCACUUCAUUUAUUUCUGCAGGAUAGACACUAAACCAUUUGUUAAGUCUACUCCUAUACAUAAUUAUCGAGGGUUAAUACAUGUUGUAACAAAACGUAAUACAUGUUAUUUUUUGUUUGUUUGUUUGUUUCAUCAUUGCCUUCAUGUUUGUAAAAAUGCAUAACGCAAUAAGGCCCUGUUUUAAGAAUACAUAAGAACGAUCUCUGAUCAACACUCAGGGGCGACAUUUAAACCAUGCAGAAAUCUCUCAAACACGUGUGAUGAGGAGGAGGAGGAAGAUGAUGUCAUCACUGCACAUUUAGCUGUUUAGUCUACUCUUUAGCUUUCGUUUUCAUUCAUGUGAACUGGGGAUGACUUGGUCCAGAUGGUUUAUGGACUUCGAAAAGAUUAUUUUGCUUUUGUCUUUUUUUUUCUUUCUUUUUUUAAAUAAAAUGUGUCAUAAAAUCA